AUGUCUGGGCUAUUGGACGAUGUCUUUGGCGGCGCGGAUGCUGGAUCUGAUUCUGAUACUAUUGUCGAUCCCAAUACAGAUUCUACAACUACUGCCAUCCACGACGCGGACGCGUUAGAUACUACCAUGGCCGAACGCACGUCCACCACCGGCAUCUCUUCGACGAGGAGCGGGACAUCCUCUGCUGUGUCGACCAGUGCUGCAAGGACCAGCACCGUCUCAUCCUCUGCUACAUCCAGUCGCGCAACGUCUUCUGUAUCAAGCAGACGAGUCUCGUCGAGCACUUCCUCUUCUGCUGCGCGUUCUUCUGCUGUGACUUCCUCUCGAAGAUCGAGUGCUGUCUCCUCCUCCGCUACCAGCUCGCGAGUCAGCUCGACCAGCUCGUCUCGUACCUCUUCUGCGCGAACUUCUACCACUUCUUCUCGAACUUCGAGUACCAGAAGCAGGCAUUCUUCUACCUCUUCUUCCGAAACCGAUUCGGCCACUUCGACAGACGCCUCCAGCACUCUGGCAACCACUUCAAGCAGCUCUGCGACCUCCAGCGCGACUGCCGGGCUCGGUAACGCCAACUCCGGUAGCAGUUCCAACGGCUCCAGCCUCAGCACCGGGGCUAUUGUUGGUAUUGUCAUUGGAUGUGUGGUCGGUGUUGCUUUGCUGUUCCUUUUGGCCACUCGAUUCGUGAGGCAGAAGCGAAGGAAUGACAGGAUGAAGAGGAGGAGCUCGAUGUUUGACUGGCCUGCCGGUGCCGAAGCUCCUGCUGAGAGCUACGAGAAGCCCCAAUACAACCCUCCGUCCGAAUCUUUCGCCAUGUCCGAAGCGAACGCUCAAAACCCGCAAUCCGUCUCUUACCCCACCACCGACACUUACGCCGCCGUCCCCGCCGAAUCCUCCACUCCCAUGUCUUACAUGGAGCGACACAACCCCCAAGCGAGCUACAGCAACAGUUACCGAAACUCGUUCCAGGCCGUCCCUGGGUUGGCGCCGAGUUAUCCGCCUGGUACGCAGAUGCAGCCCGGGCAGGUUUAUCCUCAGCAAGGUGCAGGGUCUGGGUAUGGGGCUGCUGCUGCGGGUGCUGGGGCGGCGGGUGUAGCUGGUGUGGGGGCUGCUGCCGCCCACGGGUCUCCUUCUGGUGCACCCGCUGCCGGCGCGCCUGCGAGAAACGUUGCGCCCAACUCUUGGGUCGCUGUCAAAGUUGGCUUUGUCCGCUCUCUCGACGAUGAGCUCGCUGUCACGCCGGGCCAGAAACUUUUCCUGCACGACAUCUACGACGACGACUGGACGCUCUGUGAGGACGAACAGCACAAUAAGGGUGCAGUACCCGUUUCUUGUCUCGGACCUCUUGCUGGCGGCGGUGCUGCGCCAAUCGGACAGGCCUUGCAGAGGACAGCGAGUCAUCAGAGCACUCGCAGGGAGAGUCUCGCGCCUGCCGCUCAGCAAUAA